UCCUAGAUUCCUAGAACAGUAAGGAUAGAACUGAACUAAUCCAACUGCACACAGAGACACACGAUCUUGGUAUAUCCCUCAAGCCUAGAAUCGUUUUUGUGAGUAUAGAACUGAACUGAUCCAAAUACACAACAAUGGACAGAGGUGCAAACACGAACCCCUACGAUGAACAGAGGCUAAGAAACGAAGUGAUAUAUCUCCACUCUCUCUGGCGCCAAGGUCCUCCUCUUCCAUCGCCAAAUCCCAUUCAUCUUCCAAUUCAAACACCCAACAACACUAUUCCCAUUCCUUAUUCAUAUCCAGAACCCUAUAUCCCUCAACAACCCCUUCGUUCCCAUUUUCAUGGAUAUCAACAACGCACAACCAACCCGCCGUUUGCACCCGCCCACACCAGAUCACUCCCACCCAUCACUUCCACCGCGUUUAAAAGAAAGAACAAGAACAAGAAGAAGCAGAAGCGUAAAACAAGGGACCCCACAAACAACAGUGUUGGACAACCCGACCCGGAUCGGAGCCCGAGUCUGGAGUGGCCGUGCCCGGUUUUGCCCAACCCGCCUACGACGGGUUGGGCUACACCGAAGCCCCGUUCGGAUCCUCCUCCUUCGGUGUCACCCGAAGAGAAGGAGAGGCUCGUGGCGGUGCAAGCUCAACGCAAGGCUUGCAAAGCUUUCAGAGAUGUGUUCUGUUCUGAUGAUUAUGAUUAUGAUGAUGAAGAUGAUGAUGUUGUUGUUGAUGAUGAUGAUGAUAAUGAUUAUGAUGGGUUGGAUGAGUUUGAGGAGUUCUUUAUGGGGAUUUUCAUGGAGGAUGAUGAACUGAGGAGGUAUUAUCAGAGAUGUUUCGAGAAUGGGGAGUUUUAUUGCUUGGUUUGUGGUGCCAUUGGGAAGAAGAAAUCUGAGAAGAGUUAUAAGGAUUGUGUUGGUCUUGUUCAGCAUUCGAUGUCGAUUUCGAGGACGGUGAAGAAACUAGCUCACAGGGCUUUUGGGCACGCCGUGUGCAAGGUUUUAGGUUGGGAUAUUGAUCGGCUUCCAACGAUUGUGAUGAAGGGGAACCCUCUUGGGUACCCUGAGGCAGAGGGUGAGCCUAAGGAGAAAGUCGAUGGUGAUGGAAAAGAUGGUACCCACAAAUCAGGUGAUAAAGUUGUGUCUUUGGGGCAUAGUGAUGAACCAAUUGAGGAGCAUGCACGAGGAGUUGAUCAGAGUGAGUGUUCUUCAAAGGAAGCUGAUGUCAAAAAUAAUGCUGAGAACCUUGAUGAAAAAAUGUUGGAUAUCGGAUUGAAAAAUGGAGGUGGAGCAAUAGAUGAGGUGGAACCUGAGAAACCUACUGAUAGUCAUAGUGAUGAUUGAAAUGUUCUUCAGGAAAAUCAGGCAAAGUGAAUAGCGAUUGUGAUUUUGUUUCUAGGUAGUCCAUUUGGUUCACCACAAUACCUGGUGAUUCUAAUUGUAGAUCUUUGUUAGUGGUUCAUGAAUUACCCUUGGCCCUUCACAAAGUGAUAAUUCUGUAGAUU